UACCAGCUGCGAUGCACAGGCUGUCCCUGUGGUCAGGCCGGGCCAGGAUGAGGGGCUGAGCCACCCGCAAGCAGCAGGUCCCGUGGUUCUACAGCGGGCCCCGUGGCUGGCCACGUUUGGACAAAGAUGGAAACGAAUGAGCGCGCCAAAGAGGGGCUACUGCUCACCCUGCGCCGAUUUCAUAUUUCUGAAGAUUACGGCUUCCUUCUUCCGAAUCCACUGCAGGAGCUCCCUCCUUUCUAUAGACCAUGGAUGGAGAUUGCCAACAACCUGCCUUCCCUGAUCGAGAGCCAUCAGCUUCGUGCACAGGUGGACAAGAUGCCUCUGCUGAGCAGCCGGUACCUCAAGGGCCACCGGGAGGUCUCUUUGGCUCGCUUGAUUCUCAGCUUCAUCACGAUGGGCUACGUCUGGCAAGAAGGAGAGACAGGCAUCGCCAAGGUCUUGCCGCGGAACCUCGCCAUCCCAUACGGAGAGAUCUCCCGGGUGCUCGGGCUGCCCCCGAUCCUGGUUCAUGCGGAUUUGAUUUUAGUCAACUGGAAGAAAAGGAAUCCUUGUGGAGCUCUGGAAAUUGAGAAUCUGGAACCCAUUGUCUGCCUUCCUGGGGGAUCCAGCACCAGAGGGUUCAUCCUGGUCACUUUCCUGGUGGAGAAAGCCGCCGUCCCAGGGAUCAAGGCCAUGGUGCAAGCCGUUAACGCCAUCCAUCAACUUGAUAACGGGAGCAUGGAGGAAGCAUUACACGAACUGGCAAACUCACUCAGAGACAUGACCAGAGCUCUGAAGAAAAUGCACGAUUAUGUGGAUCCUUCUGUAUUUUAUGGUGUGACACGAACCUUUUUUUCUGGCUGGAAGGACAACCCGUCCCUGCCGGAAGGGCUGAUCUACGAGGGGUUCUGCGAUCAGCCCCUGGCGUACUCCGGGGGGAGCGCAGCUCAAAGCACCACGCUGCAUGCCUUUGACGAGCUCCUUGGCGUCCAGCACUGCAGGGAAAGCGCCGCGUUUUUGCACAGCAUGAGGGACUACAUGCCGCGGCCCCACCGGGCUUUCAUCGAGGAGCUCCGGCGAGCGCCCCCGCUCCGGCGUCACGUGUCCCGCUCGGGCAGCGAGCGGCUCCGUUUGGCGUACAACAAGUGCGUGGCUGCGCUCUCCGACUUGAGAACCUACCACAUCGCCAUGGUCACCAAGUACGUCAUCAUCGCUGGCCGCAACGCCAAGGACAAGCCCGCCCUUUCGUCCAUCAACCCCUUAUCUUGCCUGGAGGGGAGAGGGACCGGGGGGUCAGGCCUGCUCAGCUUCUUGAAAAGUGUCCGAGACGCCACCGAGGAAGCCACGCUCCCCUCCUAGAAGCUCGCUCUUCUUCUCAGCUGCACGAAGCGCAUCCUCGCAUGGCCAAAACAAGCCGCCAUCUUUAGCAGACCCACGUGGCAAGGGGGGUGACCGGGCGGGGCAGCAGGAGGUGCGGUGGGCUACCGCUGAAGACCGUUGCCAUUCCCCCUCCAUGUUACAUGUCUAAAGCUACAACCUUGAGGGCUAGAACCAUACUCAGGUCUUCUUAUGGCCAAGCAACUAAGAGAUGUGAUAUGGGAAGGCUUGGCUUUGGAGCGGAGAAUCGCUGGCUUUUCAAAGGUCCAAGGCCAUAGUAGACAAAUCUUCAUCAAUUGUGCCUGUUCUAAUUUUCCUCUGUAUAUGCAAGCUUAGAAAUAAUUAGCCUGUACUUGAGUUGCAUGGAAGGCAAAACCAGUGAAUCAGUUUCUCAUGAAAAUAUCUCAAGUACAUUAAAUUCACAAAUCACGUUCUACCCACCAUCCCAAACCAGGAGCUGCUUCUCAGUUACAAGCCACUGCGAUGGCCCCCACUGCGUUACAAGCCCCCUUCUCCGCCCUCCCAGUUCUUCUUGCUUCCCAUGAUAAGGAAGUCUCUUUCCCCCGCAGCCACAAAUGUUGAUGCUUGAACGAAAACCUUCCCUGGGCACUAGGGAAAAGAUCUGGGGCUCAGGGAGGGGUCUGCAGCUUGGCUCCGGCCAAGCAACACCCCACCCUCAACACUGGUUUGCGCUACGUGGAGCUGAUCGGCCUUCCCUGAUUCCUCGCAUGUCCACAUGCACUUACUCGGAGGUAAACGCAUUGCUGUGUGCGGCGCAUUUGAGGCAACAUGUAGCUUAGCUGCCUCCGCUGUGGCUUUCCUUCUUUCUCUGGGGCCGGCGAGUUCUUUCCUCCCACCUGCUUGGUAAAAACUCUGGGAGAAGAGCUGUAACUUAGUGACAUGGAAGCACCUUCUUUGCUGAGCUGCUUUCUAGGUUCAGUGCCUGGCAAAUCUAGGCUGGGUUGGGAGAGGAUUCCUGCUGGAAACCUUGGAGCUGGAUGGAUAAAUAGGCAAAUGUCAUAACGUGAUUGUCUGGCCAUAUAAAGCCCUAAAUGGCUUAGGAUCUGGCUACCCAAAGGGCCAUCUGCUCCCACAUACAGACCCACCCAUUGAGAUGGGGGCAGGAGGUCCUUCUCGAAGAGCCAUCUCAGAAGGAGGUACAAGGGAUGGUGAAUGGAAGGGCCUUCUCAGUGGCUGGCCCCUCGAUUGUGGAAUAGGCUCCCCAGAGAAAUUCUCCGGGCACCAUUCCAGCACCAGGUGAAGACAUUUUUCUUCUCUGAGUAUUUUAAUUGAUUUGAGAACUAAUGAUGUUACUUUCUUGUCCUGCUUACUUGAUAUAAUGAUAAUGUUUAGUGUUAAAAUUAGUGUGAUUUUAUUAUAAUUGGUUUUAUUGUUGUUUUUAGCAUUCAUUAUUAUCGAUCUUAUCAUAAACUGCCUAGACAAUCCAUUGUGACCAGGGGGCAGUGUAUAAAUUUAAAAAUAACUAACUAAACAUAGAAAUAAAACAAAGAACAGGGCAGGGCCAAAUAUAAACAAAUAAAAGGCAAUCAACAAAAUGGUACAGGAAAAAAGUGUUGGACUUUAAUAACACAGUAGUGUAUUUUGUAGGAAAACUUCUUUGAGGACACAAGAGUGCCAUUUAUUAUUUUUUUUAGGGACAUGACCUUAUUAGAAACCAUUUUAUUGUUUAUUAAAGUUCUGCCUAUACCUUU